CCAAUAUCAUCUCAGUUGACCGACUUCAGCGUCUCGCCUAACGAAACGCAAUGGCGCGUCGCGACAGUGAUGAUUCCAACACGAGAGCAAGCGACGCAGACGAAAGACCGGAUCACAUCCGCAUCUUCUCGCCCACCCAUCGAUCAGCCUGGCAUCGCUCCCAAUACUGCGGCUCGUUGCUCUUCAAUGUCGCCGCAUUUGUCCUGCCAGCACUCUACGGAACUCUGUCGAAGCUCUGGGUCGCUCAGAUUGACUCCUCCAUGGUCGUCACCACCGACGCCUACACGUACAUGAGCACCGCAUCGGAAGCCAUCAAUGAAGGACUCCCACGAGCUGCUUGGGUCAUCAUCGGCGAUAAGGCGUCGCGACACUUGACGCGGCGGCUGCAGCUGACACAUACGCUCAUCGCCUUCCAGUCCCUGGUAGGACUGCUCUUGAGCAUCGUAUUUCUCGCUGCUGCAUCGGCCUUUGCGGAUAACUUCGUGCCGAUUGAGGUCCGAAAAGCAAGCUUGACCUACAUAAAAAUUAUGUCAUUUACGGUAUUGAGCGGUGCGGUUGAAACGGCCGUGGCAUUGGCGACGAGAGCUCUCGACAAUCCCGACGUGCCACUCGUCAUCAGUUCCAUCAAGUUUGCCGUCAACAUCAUCCUGGACCUCCUCAUCAUCUCUCGCUUCCACGUGGGUUCCUUCAAGCCCACUGUAAACAUGCAAGGCAUCAUCCAGCUGGUUUGCAACCUAGUAGCUGCCUUCGGAGGUCUUUGCUAUUUUCUCUGGUCAAACACUUUACCAGUAUGGCGCCAAACAAAACUCCGCCGCCCGUCGCAUGACCAUGGCUUCCGAGGCAGACACGAACUGUUGCCAACCUUAGAGGCAUUAAGGAUUCUUAUUCGGCCUGGCGUCAUUUUCUUUGCCGAGUCGGCCAUCAGAAACGCCCUCUAUCUUUGGCUCGUCGCCAACAUUGUUUCCUUGGGCUCCGUGUACUCGACUGCCUGGGGUGUCUUCAACACUAUCCGCUGGGGAUUGGUCAUGGUCCCUGUCCAAGCACUCGAGGCGACAUCUCUUCAGUUUGUUGGCCACAAUUGGGGCGAGUGGCGGCGGAGAAUCGGAACAGAGACCAGGCGAGCGAGGGCAACCUGGAAAGACGUAUAUGGAAUCGUCCGACCAGCUUUUCUGUCUCUGUCUCUCGCAUUAGUUGUUGAGAUUCCAGUAGCAAUCUUUCUCUCACGGUUUGGGGCUCGGAGGUUCGCCAAAUAUCUCAGCAGCUCCGACGACGUGGCGGAUGUCACUGAGUAUAUGUGGCGGACAAUCGAUUGGUGUUAUAUAUUCUACGCCAUGUCCACGCAGCUAGCAAGCGUGCUUCAGGCUACGAGGCCAAGUUGGUAUUUGUACCAAAGCCUGGUCAGUAACAUUUUCUAUGUACUUCCAUGGGCGAUCGUUUGUCAGGUUGUCAAGUUGGAUCAAGAUAACGCUUGGUCGUAUCAUCGACUCGUGUUUGGGGGAAGCCUAGUGUUCAGUUUUGUUGACAUCAUCGUGGUUGAUGCUAUCUGGGCGUGGACACUGGUAUUGGGCAAAGUAAGGCUGGAGGUAUUCCGACCUUGAAAUAUCACGUAAUAAUCCUUCAUUCACAUCUCUAUUCUGGGUGCGUACAUAUGGCUCGCGAAACUCGCAAC